CUUUAUUAAAGGUAAGGCCUCAGACAGGUAAGGACGGGUUUGCGCCGACUCCUCUCCUCAACCUGCCGCAUCGGCCAUGAUGUUGUGUUUGCGCGUGCUGCUGCUGGCUGCUUGCGGCCUGUCGCACUAUGUACGAGCAGCAGCUGUGCCGCAAAUAGAACCAGAGACCGACCCGGGGGACAAUGGAACGCGGAAUGCGAACCAUAUCUUCAACGCCGUCCACUCGUCCAUGCGCCAGUGGGGUUCGUCGCUGAACCAUAAUGGCAUGUCCUUCUUCCUGGCUGAAGUGCCCGCCGGUACACACCUCUAUCAUGGGACGGGUCAGCUAGAGCCAGUAAAAGGCAUGGAGUGGCUGGCCUUUGAGCCGGAGCAUGCUAUCAUCUUCGCCAGAAGGAUGAAACAUCCUAAGGGCAGCCCUCACGGCGGACCAGGACAGGAUGACCGACAUGCGCCUCCCCCACCCGUCUUCGACGACAGAGCUGCUCGAUCUCGACCAGGCAAACACCACGAGGAUGGCGUGCACAGAUCUCCGCCGCCGGAGAAAGGACGUCGCAAGCCACUCCCGUUGCUCUCAUCGAAGGAGGACUGCCAUAACCCAGACCGGAUACUAUCACCUGAAGGACGGGAAGAGAGGUUGGACCGACAACGACCACAUGCAGGAGACAAGCCCGCGCUCCACGAGUCAGCCCAAACCCAAACCCAAAACCCCUUGAUGGCGGGUGACGACAAGGACAAACAACCGAGACGACCACCAUUUGAGAUGGAUCCCGGGUGGCUGCAUACAUACAAGACCAGAGACACCCUUCCUCUCCUCUACAUUGACGGCAUGUCAGCUGGCAAAAGCGACAAAGGCACCCUCGACUCGCAGGACACCUUGUUGCUGAAUGUGACGGACGAGGACCGCCACGGGUUCUGGGAGGUCGAAAGGGCAAACCGCCUUUGCAAAUUGGCUAGAGAUGCCUGGGAUGGAAAAGUCAAGGGCUUCAUACGCAUGGAAGCAGGCUUCGAGAUCAUCCUGUGCUCGUUUGCAGAGCAUCUUGAUUUCGUCCAAGCAGUCAAGGCCGGGCCCUUUGCGCCGAACGGCCAAGACCCCAAAACAGACGAGCCAGGCCGCGGGGAUGGCAUGAAAUGGAUCAAGGCCAUCACCGCCCGGUACGAUGGCAUCGGUGGUGACCGAGUCAAGGAUGAUUACGACAGCUUUGUGACCAGCUAUGCCUAUGAUCUCGACCUGUUCAAGGACCAGGACAGUGACCUCCCUAGGCUCGAGAAUUUGUCAGUGACAUCGCUUGACGAGGUCCGUAACGACGUGGACGUCAUGGUGAGAAAAUGGGAUCCUUCCAAACGAGAUUCAACCUUGAUCAAUUGGCAGAGCAUCACCGACAUGAUUGUCGAAAGGUACGCGAAGGAGUUGCAGUAUCUGGUCUCGGGCAGCCUGAAGACAUCCGACGCUUUCCUCAGCGAGCUUGGGGUCAUGCUGCAAGUUUUCAUCGACUCAGAUCAGCGCAACACGACUGCUGAGGUGGGGCGCUGUGUCGGACAGUUCAUUCCUGCCGGAGUCAAGCUGGCAGAAUCCCUUGCAGGACGUGCCAUCCACUCGGUCACUGAGAGAAUCUGCUCCAGUCUUUUCGCCGCCUUCGAUACCAAGGUUCCUAUUUCGGAAUCCGUGGGGAAUUUGCAGGAAUUGAUUCGAUAUCUCGAUUGGACCAUCUGGAAAAAAUGCGGCGAAUGUCCUCUGGACAAGGUGUGUUUUAUACCGAUCUGGCCAUUUGGCUCGGUGGAAGAUCGCGAGCAUCCUCAGUGUCGGAAUGCUAGUGAGUUCAGAGGGAGGAGCGGAUACUGGGGUGAUCGAGGUCCAGGUCCUCGACAUAGGGGGUCUGAGGGUCCACAUUAAACUAAUGCUGCUUGAUUGGCGUGUACUUGACAACGGUCUCACUGUCGUAUGUUUAUUGCAGCCGGGGAGGAUUUGUCUGAUGAGAUGUAGACCUUCUCGAUAGUGUUAAUCUUACUCAACUUACUUGUGCUUGCACUCGUAUCAAC